CCCCCGUCGAGAUCAGGCAAGAGAUGAAGUAUCUCGGCCUGAUUCUCGACGGCCGAUGGAGUUUUAGGAGCCACCUUGCCGGUGCCGCGAAGAGGGCAGGGGAGCGAGCGGCCAAGUUAGGUCGUCUCCUCCCCAACCUCGGCGGACCGGAUGGCAAGGUGCGCCGGUUGUACGCGAACACCGUAAAAUCGGUAGCGCUUUAUGGGGCCCCCGUCUGGGCUCCUCAACUCGCGGCAUCGAGGCACGCGCGGGCCAGUAUGGCCCGUGCCUUCCGCCCGAUUGCCGCGAGAAUUAGUAGGGCCUACCGUACGGCAGAGGAACAUUAUAAUAUGUUCCUCGAAAGCCGCGACUCCGGGGGGAGGCCGAUUCGAUGGGCGGCGGACCACCGUGCUCAGAGGAGACUCCAGCACCGGCGGCGCGCAAUCGCCAAGUGGCGAGAGGCGUUAGUGGCCUCGGGGGACACUACCCCGGGGCUCCGCGUCGUCGGUGCAAUCGGGCCCCUCCUCGACCAGUGGGUCGAUAGAGGAUGGGGCGGGUUGUCCUUCCGGAUGACGCAGGUGUUGACGGGGCAUGGAUGCUUCGGUCACUACCUGUGUCGUAUCGGAAGGGAGCAGAACUCCGGCUGCCAUCACUGCCAGGCCGGGGACGACACAGCCCAGCACACGCUGCGCGAGUGUCCAGCGUGGGCGGGCGAAAGAGAGGCGCUCACCCGGGUGCUUGGACAGGACCUCUCCCUUCCGGCGGUGAUAGCCGCCAUCCUGGAAGAGGAGAGGUCCUGGCACGCGUUUGCCUCCUUCUGCGAGAAGGUUAUCUCGCAGAAGGAGGCAGCGGAGCGGGAGAGGAGGGGGCAUGUAAGCAACGACAGCGGCGGCAACAGCGUCGGGCUCGGGGAAGACUUCCCCGGGCUCGGCCUGUUCGACCUGCCGUGGGGGACGGGGCGGGGGUUGUGUCUGGGG